AUGAGCAAACGCGGGCUCAAGAAGCUCGUUGAUGCAGGCCACGUCAGAGCCUGGGAUGAUCCCCGCCUGUACACUGUGAUUGCCCUUCGCCGCCGUGGUGUACCACCCGAGGCCAUUUUGUCGUUCGUCAAUGAGCUUGGAGUCACCACUGCGAACUCUGUCAUCAACAUCGCUCGCUUCGAACAGAGUAUCCGCACUUACCUUGAGACACGGGUACCCCGACUCAUGCUUGUUCUUGACCCGAUCCCCGUUGUGAUCGAGGAUUAUGAGACCCUCACUCCUGAACAUCUCGAUCUUGACAUUCCUUUCUCUCCCAAAGACACCUCCAUGGGAUCGCACACUAUUCGCUACACCAAGACCGUGUAUAUCGACCGCUCUGAUUUCCGUGAGGAGGACAGCAAGGGUUAUUUCCGCCUUGCGCCUGGCAAGAACGUCGGUCUGUACAAGUCGCCAUUCCCCAUCAAGGCCACUACCUACUCGAAGGAUGCGGAUGGAAAGGUCACGGAAGUGCGCGCUGUCCUGGAUCGCGACGGACCAAAGCCCAAGACGUAUAUCCACUGGGUGGCAGAAGACGCGCGCAAGGUGGAAGUUCGUGUCCACGACCCUCUCUUCAAAUCGGCAGAGCCUGCCAGCGCCGAGGGCGGUUUCCUAGCCGACAUCAAUCCCAACAGCGAGACCAUUUACACAAACGCCUUGAUCGAGUCCGGAUUUGACGAGGUGCGGCGGCGCGCCCCCUGGCCCGAGGCCGCUGGUGAGCACAGCGAAGACAGACCCCGCCCUGAGACCGUUCGUUUCCAGGCGAUGCGGGUGGGAUACUUUGCGAUGGAUUCCGACUCCACGGAUGAUCAUGUGGUGCUGAACCGGAUCGUAUCGCUCAAGCAGGACACUGGAAAGGCGUGA